AUGAAGCUCGUCAGAUUUUUGAUGAAGUGCGUCAAUGAGCCGGUGACUAUCGAGCUCAAGAAUGGCACCAUCGUCAACGGCACCAUUUCGUCGGUGACACCCCAGAUGAACACUGCCCUACGUACCGUCAAGAUGACUCCCAGGGGCCAGGACCCCAUCUCCCUCGAUACGAUGAACAUCCGCGGCUCGACCAUCCGCUACUUUAUCCUUCCCGAUUCGCUCCCUCUGGACACACUAUUAGUUGACGAUGCACCUAAGCCCAAGAACAAGGCACGCAAGGAAGCUGAGCGCGCCAGCCGCGGACGUGGCGGUCCUAGAGGACGCGGUCGCGGACGCGGACGAGGCCGUGGUCGUCCUUGA